AUGUGGCGUCUAGCGAAUUGUUUCUAUCGUGCUUUUCGAAAUACUGCUACUCAUCGCUAUUCAGAAGAUAUUGUUGUUCCCACAGCAGCUGUUCAUAAAGAAGAUGACGAUGAUGACGAAUCAAUUCGAACAGAAAAGCAAGAAAAUUUAAUUAAACAUAAACAUGAUUUUGAUUGUAUUGUAAAAACAACUCGAUAUGCAUUUGAAAAUUUUGAAAAAUUACAAAAAUCUCUUUAUAAGAAUUCACUUCAACAGUUGAUACUAAAACUCAAUGCCAUUAAACCUAUUCAACUGUCUAAAGUUGAAUGUACUGGCAAACAAGCUCAAACAACUUCUUCGAAUCAAAAAGAAGAAACUCUUAAUUCAUCGCUUCAAACAGAUGAAAAUUGUCUAAAAAGUCUUGCUGAAUUAAAUAAAGAAACAAUAUCAAUUGUAAAUAAUGAAUUAGCUAUGGAAGCGUUUGAAGAGGGAAACGUAUCGCUGGGUAUUGAAACUCUUCAAAUGAGUGCGAAAGAUGGUAAAAAUUCAGCAGCAUUGUAUAAUCUGGGUAUUUGUUAUGAACAAGGUAUUGGUAUUGAAAAAGAUCUGAUGAAGGCAUGUGAUUAUUAUCGUCAAGCAGCAAGUUUAGGUCAUGCUAAUGCAUUUAUCAAUUUGACACUUCUUUCAAAUCAUAUUGAUACUGAUGAGGAAGAGGAAGAUACUGACGAAAAUAUAGGCCAAACCAUUGCGAAUCAAUCUUAUGGCUUUCGUUUUUCAUUUCCAAAACAUUGUAAAGAAGAACAGUCACAAUUGUGGAAUGAUUAUGCGCUGGAUUUAUCGAAAACAAUUGUUUGUUUGUUAUAA